GGGCGGCGAUUCAUUUUUGUCCUCUUCACAUCCUUCUCCUUCCCGAGGCAUUCAUUUCGCCCCGUUCCCCAUUCUUCUCUUUGUCAGUUUCGCUCGGAGGCAACGAUGACUUCCGGAGAGCUACAAGAAGAGAGAGACGCAUUGGACUGCACCGCGAAGGAGACAGGGACGAGCGGCAGGCCGGCGACCAGCUGCGCAUCUCUCUUCUUCGUUGCUGAUUCCUGCCCAGGAUUUGCAACCAGGAUGUUGUGCGCAGUUUUCUUCUCUCAUUGCGCGUCGGACAACGACACGACAUUCGGCAUGUUUUUCCGGGAUCCGAAUGAAAGACUUGUGCUACUGCCAUGCUCUGUGACAGAGCGUUUCCCCAAGCACUUUGCUAGUGACUUUCUGAACUUUCGAGCUCAUGGCCACCGGUACGUUGUUUAUGUGUACACAGGAUCUGACAACAAGAAACGUAUCGGUGGCGAUGACUUGUCGAAGUUCAUGAAGGACUUCAACUUGGGGCUUGGGCAGCUUGUUGUUUUUGUGAUGACUGGGUGCAUUGCAAAAGCAUUUGUCUGCUCCUUCGGUGCUGGCUUUAUUGAUGGAGGUGGAGCUGGAGUAGCACAACAAGAGGAAGAGCAAGGAGGUGCUGACGAAGAGGGACAUGUGGAUGAGGAGGGGAUUGACGUAGAGAUCAUGGGAGAAGCACCCAUAGGCAUCAUAUACAGCAUGGGUGUAAGUUUGGAUUUGGAGGAGGAAGGCCGUCUUGCCAUGAUGAUUGACAUUGAGCAGGGGAACAUUGCUUCACGGUUUGUUCAUCGGUUCACAAGCACCAACAUCAUGAAGAAGUCAAUGAAAAUCCCAAACCAAGUGUGUGUGCUCCUGAAUAUUGGAGCUGAAGGAUUUAUUGGAGUUCGCUUGGGAGAAGGCCCGCUCUCAAGGGUUGCAUUCAAAACAGCCAAGGAUGGACGCAUGGUGUUCAAUAAGGAGUGGGGAGUUUUCGUGUCAACCUACAACUUGCAAGUAGGGAGUGCUGCUAUGUUCACCUUCAGUAGGAGCAAUGCUGCCCCCUUUGAUGUGGUCUGUGUUGUUGACAUCCUGAGCAUAUGAGCUUAUCAAAUGUCAGCACACAGCCUGCAUUGUUUUGCUCGCCAUCUUCAUUUUGCUGGCCUGCGCGCCAUGCCUGUUUUUUAUAUGAACUUUGUUGGAGUUUUUGCUUUUUCUUAUGGUUGAAAUGCACUUUAUGGUGUAGAAUUUGAACAUCGUCCGUCAUGGAAUUUAUGCUACCCCCUGCUGGCCUCUGUGGCUUUAUUUUUUUUGGAAUGUGAGGCAUUCAGUCUUUUAGUA